AUGUUUUUAACACGUUCAGUUUCCAAUACGACUCGCUUUCAACGAACAGACAUUCCUAACACACCAGUAGAAGAUCCGCCAAGAGAUCCUGAUCAACCGAAACGUGAUGGUAAUGAUGGCGAUCAAUCACCAAAAGUAGACCGAAAUCAAAAACAAGAGAAAAUUGACCCAAAUCAAUUACCAAAAUCGCCAAAGAAAAAUCGAUAA